UUCUCAUUUCUUAGUUGUACUCUAAAAUAGAUAGCUAGACGGACUCUCCGAGCUCACAAAUCAUACAGACUUUUCGUGAAAUACCAGCAAUAGUUGAACAGUGAAUCUGAAAAUGAACAUGGAGUCCCCACCAGAUCCAGCAAGCGAGCCGGGCAACAGCGCCUCUGAGCCAGCUACCCCGGCUAGGGAAACCUCGAUAAACCUGGAGGCGCUCCGAAAACCGGACCAUCCAGCCCCUGUUCGAAGGCAGACCUGUUCAAGCACCAACAGAGGUAUUUCAGUAACAAAGAAGACACAUACUUCUCAAAUCGAAAUAAUUCCCUGCAAGAUCUGUGGAGACAAAUCAUCAGGCAUCCAUUAUGGUGUGAUCACAUGUGAAGGCUGUAAGGGCUUCUUCAGGAGGAGUCAGCAGAGCAAUGCAGCCUACUCAUGCCCCCGUCAGAAGAACUGCCUGAUUGACCGCACCAGCCGCAACCGAUGUCAGCACUGCCGGUUGCAAAAGUGUCUGGCAGUGGGCAUGUCACGGGACGCUGUAAAGUUUGGGCGAAUGUCAAAGAAGCAGCGGGACAGCCUGUAUGCAGAGGUGCAGAAACAUCGUCUGCAGCAGGCGCAGCGCGACCACCAACAGCAGCCAGGCGAGGCAGAGCCACUCACACCCACAUACAGCCUAUCAGCCAAUGGCCUCACAGAACUUCACGACGACCUAAGUGGCUACAUAGAUAGCCACACCCCUGACAGCAGCAAGCCCGACACAGCAGUCAGCAGUUUCUACCUGGACAUCCAGCCAUCCCCUGACCAGUCAGGCCUGGACAUCAACGGCAUCAAGCCCGAGCCAAUCUGCGACUUCGCCCCUGGCUCAGGCUUUUUCCCUUACUGCUCCUUUACCAAUGGAGAAAGCUCCCCCACCGUGUCCAUGGCUGAGCUAGAGCACCUGGCUCAGAACAUCUCCAAAUCCCACAUGGAGACAUGCCAGUAUCUGAGAGAGGAGCUACAGCAGAUGACCUGGCAGGCCUUCCUGCAGGAGGAGAUGGAGAGCUACCAGAACAAGCCCCGGGAAGUCAUGUGGCAGCUGUGUGCCAUCAAAAUCACAGAGGCUAUCCAGUACGUGGUGGAGUUUGCUAAGCGCAUCGAUGGAUUCAUGGAGCUGUGUCAGAAUGAUCAGAUUGUGCUGCUGAAAGCAGGCUCUUUGGAGGUUGUGUUUGUCAGAAUGUGCCGUGCCUUUGACUCCCAAAACAACACAGUCUAUUUUGAUGGAAAGUAUGCUGGACCUGAUGUAUUUAAGUCAUUAGGCUGUGACGACUUGAUCAGCUCUGUCUUCGAGUUUGGGAAGAACUUGUGUUCUAUGCACCUGUCUGAGGAUGAGAUCGCCCUGUUCUCUGCGUUUGUGUUGAUGUCUGCAGAUCGGUCCUGGCUUCAGGAGAAAGUGAAGGUGGAGAAACUCCAGCAAAAGAUACAACUGGCACUGCAGCAUGUGCUGCAGAAAAACCACAGAGAGGAUGGCAUACUUACCAAGUUGAUAUGCAAAGUGUCAACACUGCGAGCACUGUGCAGCAGACAUACAGAAAAGCUGACAGCUUUCAAAGCAAUAUACCCAGACAUUGUGCGUGCUCACUUCCCCCCCUUAUACAAGGAGCUUUUUGGAUCGGACUUUGAGCAGUCCAUGGCCGUUGACGGGUAACCAGCAGCCCUUCCAGGUCCCAGUGUGGGCAUUGUGGGUAAUAUCAUGAGGAGCAUGAAUCUGACACUUUAAUGGUGCCCUGCGCAAACCAGAACGAUUGGCACGCUGCACAUUCUUCUUUACUUUCCUUUGAGGGGAGGGUAGGGGAUAUUUGAAUCUGUCCAUUUAUUUCAUUGGGUUUGGCUGUCUUCAUUUAGAGCCCAGGGGACGUAAAGAGAACUUGACCUUCUCAUGCACAUCAUUCCAGCAUGGUCCCAUGAUGUCUCACAUUGAUUAGCCCUGAUUGUUUUUCCACAAAAGAGAAUGUCGUCGUAUUGAAUUUGGCUUUGCUCAUGCCUAAUCAUUGUACUAACAUUGGAAAACAGAUCCAUAUCGAUGUGUCAUUACACCCCAAUGAUGAUAUCUGUGUGGGCAUGUGUAUCCUUUAUUAAUCCUUAGCAACGCUUCUAUUUAAAUUUAUACAUGGACAUUAAUUUGCUGCUAAUGUGCAUGACCUGGUCAAGUUCAACCACUUUUCUUCUGUGUUUAGCUGUAUGUUUGAAAUGCAUUGCUUAGUAUGACAACUUGCAGCGACUUUGAGAGAGACUCCAGUGGUAGGGAUGUAAAUGAAACAUAUCCAUGGACAUUUGUCUAAAAAGAAAAGUAGGAUUCUGGUAAUUCUAGUCAAAACGCAAUUAAUUUAGCUGUCAAAGACUCCAUCCAUUAUGGUUGCUUAGUUAAAUCAUGUAACACCAUCUGCUAUUAAACCUGGUGUGGACAGGUUCCCUGAAAAAAAACACAGGGAACCACCACAAUAAUAACAGUCCAUUCCACUGGUUUUAUAAUGUUCUACAGGGUAUACGGUCAUAUGUACUUACGAUACAGAAACGUUAUGUUCAUAGAUUCUAUUUUAAAUAACCUGUAUGAUAGUUAGACUCUUCUUAAUUGUUAAAUUGAUAAGGCACUUUUAUUUGCACCUUUCUUUAAUUUAAGACUUGUAUAUUAUCUAGUGAUGUGUUGCAUGUGCACAAUAAAUACAAGUUCAACCAUAGUCACAGAGGCUAGUCCAGAGAGCUACAGACUCUACUGGUCUGAUUGGGGUGUUAUUUGACUAGAUAAGGUUUGGCAGUAAAAUGGCUAAUAUGGUCUUGAGAGGCAGGCAGAUCACAUUCACUGUACCUAUUAGAGUGUAGCUUAACGCCUCUGAUAUACAUUUUAACUAUACAAUCUCACAAAAGCACAAAUGCACAAUAAACCUGGUCUAAAAUGUUUAUAAUCAAUAUGGUGGUGCUUAAUCCAAUGUUUCCAUCUAGUGGACAGUAGAGACACAGCAUGCCAGGUGAUAGAGGACAUUAAAUAGUAUGCCUCUUAAAGAGUGGUCCACCCACAGCCCUCUCAGACAAUCUGUUGAUCAAUCUUGUUGCUCUCACCUAUUAGCAUGUUUGUUAUCAGGCUGGAGAAGUGAUUGUGACUGCCUCCUCACAGAGGACUGUGCCCAGCUAUGCCAUUUGUUAUGGGAAGGAAACAGGGGAAAGGUGUUAUAACAUUCAAAGCCUUGUCUGGUAGUAAAGCUUCUAUUUUUGUAAAAUGUAUAGUGAAUUAAACUCAUUAAAGAGAGAGGAGAGAAAGAGAAAUCAGGUAGCACUUAUUAUAUUCCCGCAAUAAUUAGAUAUUGUUUGUAUGACUAGGAGAGAAAUAUGGCAAUGGUAGAGCAAGUGUUAAUUUCAAAAUGCAUUGUUGUUGCAAUUCUGUUUUGUUGAGUGUUUGUGUACCUUGUCAGUGUGGUAGAGAAGAGGUAGAAAAACCCUUGAUGUGCCAUACAAUUGUUGCUCCUGUGUUGCAGUCUAGUUGUCCAUUAUAUAAAAUUUAUUGUUGUGAAA